CUUCAUCACUUGUAUAGAAAUGUAACGUGCAAUUAUUAGAAUUUAAUCAUAAUUAUGCGUUUGAUCAUAAUAUAUAUUUAUUAAUUUGGAAAUAAGAGAGUCGAAAUAAUAAUUUGACUCUCAUAUAAGUCAUGCAAAAUUUCAGUUGUGAUAUAUCAAAUCGAGUAUAGUUCAGCAUGUGCUGUAUAUUCACUUGCUGUGGGUGGAUGGUCGAUCUUAUACAGAGACUUUGGACGUUCACGAUGUCUUGUUGUAUCAGCUCGGCGGUCUGCUGUUCGUUGCUAACCGCGUCCAUGUCGGGCGUCGCCCUCGGGUACAAUUACUCUUUAGCCGAGUACAUCGAUUUAAAAGAAACGAAUGUGUCCGUUUAUUUGAAGCGUGGUAUUUUCGACGACGAUAUCGCUGAUGACAUGGACUGGAGACGCAGCGGUCACCAGCCUGUGGGAGGUCAUAUAGGAGAAAACAACCUUAUGACUGGAUCCAAUGAUGAAACAAGCACCUUGAGGUCAGGCAGACGAUUGGAUGACUCAAUAUACGAGUCUAAUGAUCGAAACAAUUUUGAGGGAUCAUUAAUGAGAUUGACAGCGAAAGCUCCCGAUCCGAGCCCUUCUGCUGAAACUUCUGAAGUGCCACUAAGCGAGUUAAUAAAGGACUAUCCGACGGGUUCGCUCGAUCAGCUUAAAGCUGUUCAAAGUGCCAUUAAUAUGAGAAAAGCUGCGGCUUUAGCUCGUCGAAUGAACGACAAAAUUCAAAAGACACAGUUUCAGAAUGAUAGAAACCAGCCGCAAGACUUAAGGGAUAUAAAUAAUAGGCGUGCCAUGAAGUUUGAUGUUCCACCUUUUGAAGACCCUUCUACUAUUAGUUCGCUCCGAGAAGCCGUUCCAGAUACAAACAUAAACGAUCCAUCAAAGUGGUUCUUACCAAAAAUACCCUACAAUAAGAUUCCGAAAGAUAUUCUUUACGCAGAUGAUUAUGCGAGCCCUACGUAUCCACAACCGGUUACACCGAAACCGGGUCCUAUAAGACCUACUAGACCAAAACAGACACCUAGAACUAGACCGUCAUCUACCACAGUAGUAGCACAAGUUCCAUCUAGAAGUGCCGAGCCAAAUCUACCUAAAUCUAUUGAUGAAGAAAUGGAAUCAUUCAAAGAUAAAUUUAUAAUUAAUAAAUUAGAUACUGCAGGGAUGAGCGAUGAUGAAUUUUUGAAAAAAAUAAGAACGGGGGCCAAGAAAUCCGAUGAUGAUUACGACGAAGAUAUCAAAGGUGUUCCGCUAAGAAGGAAAAGAAGCAAUGAUCUAUUUUUCACCAGUAAUAAGUCAAGUCAUAAAAGUACUAAAGAAAAUAAAGAAGACAUUGUUGUUGGUAGCAGUACCCUAAGAAUAUCUUCACAAGAGACACUUAUAAAACUACUGUUUUCUUCAACAAUUUCUUGAUAAUCUUUUGUUGCUCGAAACUGUGGUUUGUAUUUAGUUUGGUUUAUUGAAUCGUUUUUUUGUCCUCUUUGUGCGUUUUAUAUUACAAAAAUAAAAAUAUGU